CAGGCUAAUUCUCCCUUGCUGCUAUUUCUCUCUCUCUUCAAGGGUUUAACAAAUUGACAUUCCUCUCAAAGCAGCAACCUUCCAUUCUUCAACCAGCUUGCUUUCUCCUUCUUAUUGUAUUUCGUUCAAGAUCUGUUCUUACCUUUGCAUUCAAUAUGAAGAUGGUUACAGGAGCCUUCAAUAGCAACAUGAAGAGAGCCCUUGCUGGCUUGAGGCGUAUUGAUUUGGAUGGUUUGCGUUGGAGGGUAUUUGAUGCCAAAGGCCAGGUGCUUGGGAGGUUAGCAUCUCAAAUUUCUACUGUGAUCCAAGGGAAAGAUAAACCUACAUAUGCUCCUAAUCGUGAUGAUGGAGAUAUGUGCAUUGUCCUCAAUGCUAAAGACAUCUGCGUUACAGGGAGGAAACUUACUGAUAAAUAUUAUCGAUGGCACACUGGGCAUGUGGGUCACCUCAAGGAAAGAAGUUUGAAGGAUCAGAUGUCCAAGGAUCCUACUGAAGUUAUUCGUAAAGCUGUCCUGCGCAUGCUUCCUAGAAAUAAAUUACGUGAUGAUAGAGACCGUAAACUUAGGAUAUUUACUGGCGAUGAACACCCAUUUGCUGAUAAACCCCUUGAGCCAUACAUUAUGCCUCCUAGACAAGUGCGAGAAAUGAGGCCCCGUGCUAGAAGAGCUUUGAUUCGUGCCCAAAAGAAGACAGAGCAACAAGGUGUUAACACAAUGAGCAAAAAUGGAAAGAAGGAAGAAGAAAAGGCAGAAGUGAGUGCGUGAUUCUGAGGCAUGUUAUUUAUUAAUUAAUAGACUGAUGUAUAUUUGAAUGCCACAAUCAUGGGUUUCACUCGCGAAAGGAGGGAUAAUAACCGCUCUGUGGUUUGUGUGGCAUUAGAAGAAAUUUUGCUUUGUUUUUGGUUCUCAUUUCUACUUGUAUUGAUUGCUAUGUACUAUUUUCUAAAAAUGAUGCCCCAAAUCAAAGACUUGUAUUAGCUGGUCAACAAUGGUAAUAACAGGUGCCAUUGAUGUUCAUUAUGUGGACUAAUUUUUUGCCUGAUUGAUGAUUUCAA